UGUUGACUAGAAUACGAGUGAGAUCGGUGUUAGGGUUAUUUACUACCCUACCAUCUCAAAUUAAUCACCAUGAGCUCGUUUUUGGUGAACUCCGGGUCUUACACUGAGCCAAAGUUUCCUCCGUCAGAAGAAUACUCACAGUCUAGUUACAUCCCGACAAAUGGCGGAGAAUAUUAUCGUGGAAAUUUUACUUAUGGAUAUACAAAUGAUCAUCGACAUUACGAUGAGGAUAAAUCACCUGACAAUCAUUCCUACCCGUGUAAUAACUCUCUAACACCCAGUCAUUCUGUUACUAGUCUCACGACAUGUGUUAAUUCCUACCCUCCUCAAUCCGUCUCCCCCGACACCCCUCCCAUUCACGGACACUGUAUGCCCCAGGGAUCGGGCCAACUCUCGGACGGAGAGAAUAUUCCAUGUGGCAGACAAAAUGGACACCCGGUGAUAUAUCCAUGGAUGAAAAAAUCACAAUUACCCCAAGUUGCUGGAAAUACCUUAUCUAUCGUCGAUUCCAAAAGAAACCGAACAGCCUAUACCCGUCAUCAAGUCUUAGAAUUAGAAAAAGAAUUCCAUUUCAACCGUUACUUGACCAGGAGAAGGCGGAUAGAGAUUGCACACACGUUAUGUCUGUCAGAACGACAAAUUAAAAUUUGGUUUCAAAAUCGGAGAAUGAAAUGGAAAAAAGAACAUAAAUUACCCAACACGAAGUCGAGAAUGUUAGAAACUGGGUUAGAAGGCGGUGAUAUGUCGCCCACUGAUUUGACAGUUAUUUAAAUAGACAACAACAGAAAGCAAUAUAUAUUCAAUUAUCUGUUUUGCCGAUGAUGGCAGAUUGCAGGGAUAUGAAAUGCCUCGGAGAGUCGGGUUAUUUCUGCAUUACUGAGAAUUCAUAGGCAAACAAUUCGUGUUAAAUUCAGUUAAUUUGCUAUUAUUGGAGAUAUUUACAAGUGAUUGUAUAAUAUGAAGUCUUUGUGGAAAUUCAGCAGUGUAGGAGUGGGUUGGAAAUUGUGCGUGAACCUUUGGGGAGUCGUGUGUGAACUAUUAAGUGAAAAUUGAUUGACAAUAAAGUGACCUCUUUUAUUAAUUUGUAUAUUUAUCAAUCAUUACUGUGGCGAUUAGUAAAUUAGCCUUGUUUCAUAUCAUACAUCACAUACUAAAAUCGUUUUAUAGUCAACUAGUAUUCAAUGGGUGUCACUGUCACUAAUUUAAAUUAAUCCCUGAAAAGGUGAGGUGUGAGAAUAAUAAAUUGUCCUGCUAUAGCUGUAUUGUAUUAACAGUAAAGUGCCCUGCUAUAGCUGUCUCUACAUGCAAAUAAAUAAUUUAAGACUUGUCAUACCUGUCCUCUUGAGUAUAUCGCGAAUCAAAACUUAAAUCACAGAAAAAAUAGGCAUACUGCAUAUUAUUGUUAUGUAAUUAUACAAUGUAUGUGUAUGGCAUAGUGACUUGCCAAUGAAAUAACCAUUGAUUGGAGACGAUAUCUAAUAUAUGUUAUGGAGCGCAAUAGAUGACAUAAUCUUCAAGAACAGGCGGUUGUUAUUAAUGUUUGGAACACACUCGCCAGCAACAUCACAGAGAAAGGCGAUGUCGAUUAAUAUUAAUUAGGGUUAUAGAAAUGGUAAUUAAUUAUAAAGUUCUGUCCAAAACGCUGUGUAAUAAAGAGGCAUAAUAAGUCUUAUAGUAAGACUUACUAGUAUUCGCUAAGUUAUCUUUCUCCGGUAUAGAAUAUUUAUCAAUAUUGUGGUCUAUAUGUGUAUUCAUUUAUAUUAUACCAAAGUCAUGAAAUAUGUUAAUAUUUGAUAAUAUAUUGACGUAAUAUUAUUUCGGUGCUCGUUUUAAGUUAACUUUUAUGUAAAUUUUUGUG